AUGAUGGACUCGGUUCAAAAACUGAGAGACGAAGAAGAGGAAGAAGAGAAAAAUGCCUCGGCACUGACAGUCCGACCUAGGAAAGCCGUCGAGAUCACCAAACCUUCUGAGCCGACGGUGGCUGCUAAAAUCAAGCCUCGUGUCGAGGAGGCUUCCAAAAAGAAAUCGGGUGAGGAUCCCGAAUUACCAGAGGUCGAGAUCGUUUCUCGGCCAUCUGCGACUACACCGGACGGGGCUGGUUCUGAGACCCCGAAGAUCGAUCAGAGCGUCCCGAGCGACUUGCUCGGGGCCAUGACAGCAGGUCACUUGCCUUCUCUUCCGACUUUUUCUGAGGAGGCACUAAGGGAAGCUCGAGAGUUAAAGACCCCUGAUAUAGGCGGAGGCUCUAGUGAAGGGGAUCCCUUUCGGGAUUGCUUUACCGGAGUCGAUGAUGCCUCUAAUAUCAGUGACGCUUCUAUUCUUAUAAAAGAGGCCCAACGUCUCUUAUCUCGGGACCUUCAAGCGGAUUUGGCCAAGGCUCGUGAGGAAGAGGCCGAGCUAGAUAAGCAGGUGAGCGUCCUUUUGAUAAAGUACGGAAUCGACCCAACUGUGAAGGCUAAUACUUCAUUAUCUCAGCUGCAGCAAAAGGUUGAAAGCAUCGUGCUAUUUCGGGGAGAAGUCGAUCAGCUAAAGGCCGAUUGUGAUCGGUGGAAGGAAAAUAUGGACCGCCUGGCUGCGGAAAAAGAAAUUACCUUGGCCAAACUUUUAUCGUCCGAGGUUCAACUUCGGGGCGUCAAAGAGAAAAGUUCAGCCCAAGCCAAGAGAAUCGAGGAGCUUGAAACCGGGCUUGCUGAGGCCAAGGCGGAGAUCGAGAAGACAAAGGUCAUGGCGGACAAGUCCAUUGCCAUGUACCGGGCCGAUGUUGAGGCUGCUCAAAUUCAGCUAAGGGAGGCUUCUGACCGAGAGCGAUGGAUCAUUGACUCGAUAGCCCGAGCCAAGGUGCUUGAAGAUGAAGCCAAGCAGCUUGCCUCCUUCGAUGAUGAAGACGAUGAUGAAGAAGACAGUCGAGGCGGAUCCGAUGAGGGGCCUGAAGGGGAAGUUGCUCCCCCUCUGCUAGUAUUAAUCGCCUCAUGGUUUGAUUCCUCCGUUGCAUGUCGAAACCUAGCGCUGGGUUCUUCGACUUCGAUUGGAAUCAAAGCUUCGGAGCCAUAUACUAAGAAAAACGGAGUUGCCCCUGUACUGGACUUCGGUGUUGUUCGAUAUGCCUAA